AUGCGGCGAGGUUCUGGUGGUUACGGCAGAACCAAAUUCGGUUUAGCGCCUCUUGAGGCUCCCUACGUUAGGAACCGCUCAUCCGACAACCCGCGAUCUCAGAGGCACAUCCUCACUACUUCGUCUUUAUCGAUUGUACGGUUCACUCGCCUGUACUUAGACAAGAUGAGCUACAUCGCCCGCCGAGGUCUCUCGACUUUGAUCCCCCCCAAGAUCGCUUCUCCCAAUGCCAUCGGUGCCGCUAAGGAUGCCGCUCGCAUGGAGCGCGUUGUGAACUUCUACGCCAGACUCCCUCGCGGUUCCGCUCCCGAUGUUAAGCCCACUGGCCUCAUUGGGCGCUACCAGGCUCGUUACUUCGGCAAGAACCCUUCUGCUGCCCCUCUUGCCCACGCCAUUGGUGGUAUCCUUCUCAUCGGCUACAGCAUGGAGUACUACUUCCACCUUCGCCACCACAAGAACCACCCCCACUAA